GUGGUGCAGGAUGAGAUAUGGGAAGGCGGAGCAGGAACGUGGGGGAGGUCGGGUCGAGUCGGGCGUCCAUUCGGGGCGUGUAUCAGCUCAGGUUUGAAUGGAGACGGAAAUAUGUGAGUUUCUGUGAAGAAAAUAGAAAAAAGAAAAACACGGACGCGAAGCAGAGCCGCAGGCCAGAGAACAUUUCACAUUCAUUGGUCCUGAGCGAUUAAACAACAAGAAGAGGAUUUUACUCAUCUGAAAACUGUCCGUCCUCUCCUCUCCGCCAGCCUCCAAGAUAGAUUCUCUCAGGAGUAAGGUGGAACUGCUGAAGUUGCCGUUGACUCUGUCGUCCAAAUCCAUCUCGGAGCGCAAGACUCAGCUGGGCGGAACCACCGAACGCUCCAGGGGCGGAGCUGGGGUCCACAAACCCCGCCCACCGGCCCCAGACAUGGACAACGAGUCGCAGUACUCGGGCUAUUCCUACAAGUCUUCACAUUCACGCAGCUCUCGCAAACACAGGGACAGGAGAGACAGGCAUCGCUCUAAGAGCAGAGACAGCAGCAGCAGAGGAGACAAAUCUGUGACCAUCCAGGCUCCUGGAGAGCCACUGCUGGACGCGGAGUCCACACGUGGAGAUGACCGGGAUGAUAACUGGGGCGAGACCACCACUGUUGUGACCGGGACGUCCGAGCACAGCGUCUCUAAUGAGGACCUCACGCGAGCAUCUAAAGAGCUCGAGGACUCUUCGCCCCUGGAGUGCCGUCGUUUUGCCGGGCCCAUCCUGAGCGGCAUUCUGGGUCUGUUCGCCCUCCUGACGCCGCUGGCCUUCCUCCUGCUGCCCCAGCUGCUGUGGCGCGACUCUCUGGAGCCCUGCGGGACCCCGUGUGAAGGCCUUUACGUCUCGCUGGCCUUCAAGCUCCUGGUCCUGCUCAUCUCGUCCUGGGCUCUGUUCCUCCGGCCGCCCCGCGCCACGCUGCCGCGCUUCUUCGUCUUCCGCUGCCUCCUGAUGGCGCUGGUCUUCCUCUUCGUGGCGUCGUACUGGCUGUUCUACGGCGUGAGGGUGCUGGAGCCGAGGGAGCGUGACUACAGGGGCAUCGUGGGAUACGCCGUGUCUCUGGUGGACGCUCUGCUGUUCAUACAGUAUCUGGCGCUCGUGCUGCUGGAGGUCAGGCACCUCAGACCGGCGUUCUGCCUCAAAGUGGUUCGCACCACCGACGGCGCCAGUCGCUUCUACAACGUGGGCCACCUCAGCAUCCAGCGAGCAGCGGUGUGGGUUCUUGAUCACUACUACACUGAUUUCCCAGUCUACAACCCUGCUUUACUCAACCUGCCCAAGUCCAUCCUGUCUAAAAAGAUGUCUGGAUUUAAAGUGUACUCGCUGGGAGAAGAGAACAGCACCAAUAACUCAACCGGUCAGUCUCGAGCGAUGAUCGCCGCCGCCGCCCGCAGACGAGACAACUCUCAUAACGAAUACUACUACGAGGAGGCCGAGAUGGACCGCAGGGUCAGAAAACGCAAGGCCAGACUGGUGGUGGCAGUAGAGGAGGCGUUCACUCAUAUCAAAAGGCUUCAGGACGAUGAGGCGGCGACGUCGCCCAAGCACCCCCGUGAGGUGAUGGACCCCCGAGAGGCGGCCCAGGCCAUCUUCGCCCCCAUGGCACGAGCCAUGCAGAAAUACCUGCGUACGACGCGCCAGCAGCCCUACCACAGCAUGGAGAGCAUCAUCGCUCACCUGCAGUUCUGCAUCACUCACAACAUGACGCCCAAGGCGUUUCUGGAGCGGUACCUGACCCCGGGCCCCACCAUGCAGUACCAGCGUGAGAACGGCAGGGGCCGCCAGUGGACUCUGGUGAGCGAGGAGCCCGUGACGUCAGCGCUGCGUCAAGGACUGGUGUUUUCCCUCCGCCGCCUCGAUUUCUCUCUGGUCGUCACGGUGACGCCCCUCCCCUUCCUCAACCUGGGGGAGGAGUUUAUCGACCCUAAAAGCCACAAGUUCGUCAUGCGGCUUCAGUCAGAGACGUCAGUGUGAGAGAACAAGAGACUCCAUUUCAAGGACACAACCACUCGUUUUUUUGUCUUUUAGAUAUUGCUUUUACGACCGUUUGUAUGUCUUUUUUUUACACUACAUGAACUACUUUGAUCUAGAGACUGUCUGGAUGACUCUGAACUGACUAACUUUUAUGCAUUUCAGCUGUGAAUAACGUGUGUCACGAUCAAAUACACUUUCACAUGUCAGUGCUGCACAAUACGGACGACUUACCAGCAAAUCCAGGUUAUCAUAACUCUACACACACAUUUAUGCUUCAAAACCUGUGAAAUCGUCACUCAGAAGUGAUGGAAACACUACAAGAUUGUAGCUGAGCAAUCAAGUGCUUUACUUUUUAUGAUUGUCGGUCUAAAAAAAGCACAUGAGAAGCAUGUUUGUAACUCUACUCGAGCUGUGUAUCUGUCGUGAAUGUUUUGAAGACGUCGUAUGCAUCACGUUUGCAGUACUUUAUUCUGAAUCGAGGGGCCUUUUAUAUCAUUUAUGUUGUGUUGAAACGCCGUUCUGUGCACCAGCAAACCGCUGUUUUUUUUGUAGCGUUCGGUUUGUGCGUGUGUCAUACAUGACCGAUCAAAUGUGAUCUUAAUGUAAAAUGCAAAAACAUGAAUGUGUGCCAAAUGUUUUAACUGUGCCUCGUCGGCCGGCGUUCGUGUGGCUGCACACAUACACAGCUGGUCGGUUAAAGGACAAUGAAUUAACUAGUCCUUCGCAUUUCCCUAACCCAGCUACCAACUUCGGGUCAUUGAUGUUUUUAUCCCUCCCUCCUUCACCUUUUGUACAUAACUCAUUCUCCUUUUAUAUGCGCGUGUAUGUCAGCGAAAGAGGGAUUUAAAAGGAUGUAGGUGGUUACGAUUUUCAGAACUGACAGUUUCGUUUUUAGGCCUGAUGCAUGCAUAUAGGCGAUGCAGUUUUGUACUUUGGUUUUUUUUACUUUUUAUCAUUUUUGUAUGAAAGUUAAGCUAAUCUUUUAACAUUUCCCUUUAAAAAAUGGUUUGUUGUAAAGAGAUUUGUAGAUUUUUUUUUUUUUUUGGUUAUUGUGUGAAGACCUUUUGGGCAACCGAUAAUUUUAGAACUAAAAAUGUUGCAGCUUUUUUUUUUUUUUUUAAAUAAAUGAUCAACACAACUCUACUUUUACUGAGUUUGGCUCCUGUUUAAGAAAGUAUAUAUGAUGCUGAAUGUCUGAUGACAGGAUAUUGAUGUGUAUGUGGGCAUGCUGUGUGUUUUUAAAGCAGUGGUUCAUAGCUGCUGCUUUUUUGGAUGCCAGUUUUUAAAGGCACCAAAUAAAAUGGUUUCAAAAUAGAUUUUCAAAACUGAAUUUCUUUAUCCAGUUGUUUGUUAUUAGUUAAGGAUUUUUAAAAAUGUUUAUAAAUCAAUUUCUACCCAAUUAAAUAUUUUAGAGCUUGGUAUACCUUGUAAAAUGUAUAGUCAUUAUAAAAAUACCCAUCUUAAUGUAAUAUUGUAUUAACUGACAUGAGUUUUCCCAGUCCAGAUAUAACACUUUUAAAUCCUGGGUUUUCAAGACUUACUGUGUGUAUCCUGGUUCCUGUGAGGAAAAUGAGGUACCUUGUUGAGGUAAAAUUAAAUGUAGAAAUGUCUUGAUUUUUCAUUAUUUUAAUCUUGUAG